GGCUCGGCCCCGCUGGAUGCGCUGUCCCCCCUCUGGCGGCGGGGCGGAUGGUGCGGCCCGGCCGGCGCGUCCCGUUGCCGGGCGCGGCGGGGCCGCCAUGGCCGCAGCGGGGCCGGCUGCCUGCAGUUUGUGUCUCUCCUUAAGGCUUUUGAGAUCCCUGCCCCGUGAAAGCACCUGUGCCAUGUGUGAGGAAACAUCGUUCCUUAAGCGCAGAAUCUCAGUCCUGAGGUUUAUUGUCACUGCUGUGUGAGAUUCAGGAAGCCCUUCAGAAGUUUAAAAUGGAAAGAAACAACUUGAAAGGAAAUGCAGAAGCCGUGGAUUUUUGUGACCUCCGAAAAGCACCUGAAAGGACUGAACUUGGGCUGAGAAAGCAUGCUGAAAAUUAUUUCAGUGUUAUAAAUGGCCAAGAGUUAACUCUUUCUUCAGCUGGUAAUAAAGAAGUAAAUCCCAAAGAGCCCCCUAAGUGCAGGAAUCCUGCUCCUGGUGCCUGUCAGGAGCAGCUGGUUCUGCCGCGCGUGGAGCCCGUGGCUGUGCAGGGCAGCAGCAUCCCAGCCCCACGAGCGUGCCAGGGCCCUCAGCAGCAGGUGGAAAUGGAUUUUAAAAUUAUGCUUGACCCAGAGAACGUGGAUAAUAAAGCUGGUUUAAAACAUCCCAACGAUGAGACCAGGCUGCCACUUAUAGCUAAGAAAAUAUCUGCUCCUGUGUGCAGUCAGAAGACAGGGAAGGAUCCCACAGGCACCAGCCCUUGGGCUUUGCCUGCCUUUCACUCCCUGGGCUCUCCCUUCCCCCUGGUGGAACAGGACACCCCAAGAGGUGCCCUGAGCCUCAGUGGCCAGAGGCUCAUCCUUCCAGCAGCACAGAGAGCUCUGCCAGCCCCUCCUGCUGUGCCCAGAGCAGCUCCUUUCCCCGAGUUCCCCAGGCAGCACAAGAAAUCAGCCCGGGGAGAGAUCAGUGGCAGGCUGGACCCUGAGAACACAGACACCAUCACCUUCCCAAAGGCAAAGGAAGCCAUUUAUGGCACACAUUCCUCUAGUAAAGGGAACAUUGCACCACUCCCAUCCAGCAAUUCCAUGGUUUCAGCAAGGAAGUCAAAGCCAGAGUGGAGGUGUCCAGCUCAGCAGUUGGAAUCUGAGGUGCCCAUUCCCCCUCAGACACAGCCCCCACAAACAGCUCAGCCCUUCCAGGAUCCCUGCUUGGAUUGGGACAGUGCUGUUCACCAGAAAGCUCCAGGUGUUCUGGCCCUCCAGCACCUCCAUCAUUCCUCUUGUGGGAGCAUUGUGGGGUUUUUGGAACCCACAGAGAAGCUCCUCAAAGACCCCUCUGUCCCCUCGGCCACCAUCAACAGCCAAAAGUUGGCACAAAUCACCUCGGGCUUGGAUUUUAAAGAGAAUCCCACCAAAAGUGACGUUUUGUCAGUGAUGAAGAACCAGUCAGGUGUGGGAAGGAGCCCAGCCCGAGCUGGGCGUCCCCGCAGAGGCCGGGGGGGCGGCGCAGGGAGGCAGAGGGGGGCUCCCAGCCCCAUGCCAGGCUCAGGGCAGCAGCAGCAGUGGGCAGCAGGUGUGAUCAGCGCUUCCUGGCGCUCCCGGAAUCUCCUGGCACGGCUGAGGAGCGCCCUGAGGGGAGCACGCCGCAGACACCUGGAGAAUUUCCACAGCAGGGCCAAGCAUCUGGCAGCCAACUGGAAUCGCAUCAGGACCUCCAGGAGGACUAUUAUCCAUAUCCCAUCAUUAGGGUAUUCCCAGCACACCCGUGAGCACAUCCCUGACCUUGCUGUCCAGCAGAACGUGCAGAUGGGGAGGCUCUGUGACAUCCUGGAUGCCAACGUGGACGUCAUCUACAUCUGCCCCCUUGCUCUGAGUGAGGAGUUCCUGCAGUAUUACCAUAAACUCCUGGGUCUGCAGGCAGCUGUUAGAUCUGGGAACCCCGAGGACAUGGCUGACCUGCAGGACAGGUUCAAAAUUCUCACCCCUGAAGCUAUAAACAGCUUCCCCGAGCAUCACAUGUGCCUGGCCAGUGUGCUCAAGUACAGCCCCAGGACCUUGCAGAGGCUGCAGCUGCUGCUGCAGGGCAGGGAUGCCUACGUGGUCGGGGGUGUUCCCCACCUGGAUGAUCUGGCUGUGGCUGACCAGCUCCAGGUGCCACUUUUGGGCCCAGAGCCAGCAGUGGCUCAGCUCUACAGCACCAAGUCUGGCAGCAAGAGAAUCUUUGCCAGUGCUGGAGUGCCAACCCCUCCUGGAGAGUGGGACAUCCACAGCAGGGAGCAGCUGCUCCGUGCCCUCAGCCAGCUCGUCCUGGACAAUUUGGAGGUGCAGCGCUGGCUCUUCAAGGUGGACGAUGGGCGUGCAGGAGAUGGCACUGCCUUCUGUGAUGUCACCUCCCACCUGGAAUGCUACCCCUGGAUCCAGAGGGAACGGCAGGAACACGGCGCCGAGGUGUGGAGUGAGAGCCAGGCUCGUCAGAUUUCCUACCACUGCCUUCAACAUCUGCCACGCUUGGUCUUAAUUUUGUCUUGCAACUGCCUAAGAAAACCUUUACAAAAUUCAUCUUGCAGAAGGGAGCUAGCUUUGGUGAAGAUCUCCCAGGAGCUGCCGGGCCUUUUAGCACAGCACGUACAGCCAGUCAAUGAGAAACGAUUCCCUACAUGGGAAAAAUUCCUCCAAACAUUUCUUACUCAAGGGGGGGUGAUCGAAGCCUUCCCGUCCUCGGGCAGCGUCACCAACCUGACGGUGGAUCUGCUGAUAGAGCCGACGGGGGAGCUGACACUGCUGUCAUCUGGAGACCAGCUCCACGCUGAGGGGCCCCUCAGAUCUUCUGGCACCACCAUCCCACAGCGUUCCGUGGAUCCUGAGCUUCUCAAGGCUCUCUGCCUGAAAAUUGGGGAGGCCUGUAAAUCCAAAGGAGUGCUCGGCUACUUCUCUGUGGACUUCGUGGCUUUCACCCAUCCCCAGACGAGGGAGCAGCAGGUGUGGGCAACAGACCUUGACCUUUGCUACAGUGACCAGCUGGCCCUGAGUCAGCUCCUGGUGUACCUGACAGAUGGAAAUCUGGAUUGUGGCUCCAGCAUCCUGCAAGCACCUCUGGCAGCACAGGAAAGCAAAAGCCAAGGGGUUCAGCACGAGGGGACAAAACCUCCUGUCCCCAGCAGCCCCUGGUGUGCCGUGGUCAGCAGCCAGCUGAGGCACUCCAGCCUCUCAGGGAUCUCCUACAACCUCCUCCUCCACACCUGCAAAGCUCGUGGGAUUGGAUUUGACCUCCAGGCAAAACAGGGAACAGUUUUUGUGUUGUAUGAAGACCAGAAGCGACACAGCCUGGGAAUGAUAACAAUCGGAGAGGAUCUCCAGGGGGUCCUCCUGACCUUUGCUCGCAAUCUCUUCAUCAUCCAUCAAGAAAUAUCAGCACCUAAUAUGCAAGGCGAGACCAAUUUUAAGAUGGCAAUUCGAGAUAUUGAAGCAAUUCUAGGAGUUACAGCAGAAAACAAACUGAGAUUGGAAGAAGAGCAACCUUGGGAAGCAGAUGCUCUGAAAGAAUAGUUAACAGAAAAUGUUCAAGUGCCUCAUUCCUUAUGCUUCUGGAAAUGCUUCCUCAUCUGUAAGAACAGGUUUGCUUUUCCUUCUGAGCUGUGUGUGAAGUGACAUUAACUGAGACAGAAAAUCUCUGUGGUUCCUGCCUGUGCCAUUGGGAACAUGCCACCUUUCUUGUUGGAAAGGAUCAUCCUAA